UGCGGCGGAAGGGGCGGGGCCGCGGCCGGACGUGGCGGCAGGGCGGCGGCGGCGGCAGUGCCCCGGUCCCGGUCCCGGUGCCGGUGCCAUGUCAGGCCGCUGCUGCCAGGGGCAGACCCCGAAUCGCGACAUCCCGGGGCCCGGCAAGUGCCUCGCCCUGCCCGACGGCGCUCCGCUGCCGCCCGGUGAUUACAGCACCACGCCGGGGGGCACCGUCUUCGGGACCACUCCAGGCGGUACCAGGAUCAUUUACGACCGCAAGUUCCUGAUGGAGUGUCGCAACUCCCCGGUCGCCAAAACGCCUCCUUCUGACCUUCCCAACAUUCCAGGAGUCACCAGCCCAAACGUGGAGGAGGUGAAGAUGGAGAACAAUCACAUCCACAACUGUGAUGAGAAAGGAAGCACAGGUGAGGAGCAGCAGUUUGACAUGGACAUCUAAAGCACAGGCCCUGGGAGUGCUCCAGUGAUGACCCAGGACCUUGUCUUGAGGAUUCUCACCAGCCAGGCUUCAAAGUAGCCCAUGCCUUGAGUGCCUUCCUGCUUCCUGGGAAAGGCAGAGGAUUCCCUUUGGAGAGCAGAACCUGUCCCACGACCAGGAGCCAGCCUCAGCGCCACCACACUGAGCUCAGCCUCUGCUGCUGGGGGAGGGGGGGGCCUCGGGGGGCCUGUGGGGGAGACCCUCUCAGCCCUUGGUUUUGUUUCCAGUUUUAUGCUUUUUUGUUAAUCUUUUUAAUACUGUAAAAGUUAAAGGGAUGCAAUGGAAGGGAGAAAUAAAAACCCUUUGGAGUCUCCUGCGGUGGAGAUGGAGGCAAUGAAA